AUGGGAAGUGAGCACUAUUGCCUGAGGUGGAACAAUCAUCAGAGCAACUUGCUCGGCGUUUUCAGCCAACUGCUACACGACGAAAGCUUGGUGGACGUCACGCUCGCCUGUUCCGAAGGUGCCUCCAUCCGGGCUCAUAAGGUAGUACUAUCUGCGUGCUCAUCUUACUUCCGUUCGCUUUUUGUGGACCACCCUUCACGCCAUCCAAUUGUAAUCCUAAAGGACGUAGGCUUGGAGGAGCUCCGAACGCUCGUCGACUUCAUGUACAAGGGCGAGGUUAACGUCCAGUAUUGCCAACUGCCUGCUCUCCUUAAAACGGCUGAGAGCCUUCAGGUAAAAGGAUUAGCUGAAAUGACUACGCUCAGUGCAGCCGGCAUUGACACCAGAAACGUUCCGGAACCGAUGGAGGAGUGCCAACACCAAGACAUUAGAGAGUCGGCAGAUCCACACGAAAGAUUAGAUGAGCGAGAUAUUCGCGAUAAAGAAGAACGAAGAGAAGUAAAAGAAGGCCGCGAACAUCGCGAAAGAGACUGCAAAGAUCAUGUAAGAGAAAUCCUUAAGGAUUCUCGCGAAGCAAGAGAUUUGCGAGAACAUAGAGAACGAGAUAGGGAUCGUGACAGAGAAAGAGAACGAGAUUUGAUACGAGACAGAGAUUCUCGUGAACUACGAGAACAUCGAGAACCUAGAGACCAUAGAGAAUUACGUGACAUAAAAGAUAAUAGAGAACCUCGUGACUUACGCGAAAUAAGAGAUCCAAGAGAUCUGCGUGAUACUCGGGAUCCAAGAGAGGUACCAGAAGCAUCACCACCAAGAAUAUCACCUUUGCUAUCUGUUCGACGGUUUAGGCCUGAAACGUCAAUUGAAACACCGACGUUAACGCAUCCACCUAUACCUAAAGAUGAACCACCUGACGAACCUAUGCGACCAUCAUCACCUGAAGAUGAUUCCGUUUCAAUUAGGUCUAAUGGUGCAAAUGAGAACGUGGGCAUAAACAUGACCAUAAACAGCCAUGGCUUGGGACCACGCUACUCGCCCGUAGAACAAAGGCUAAGUGUUUUAAAUUCACUUACGCACCCUGGAUUGCCUCAUCCACUCUCCCUAUCAAGUCCAAGGAAUGAACCUAUUGCAGGACCCUCAGGGCUGCCUCCGGUUCAGCAAGUACCUUUGUCUUUAAAGAAAGAAGCAGAUUGGGAUAGAAGUAACGAAGAGAAAAUUGGAGAAUCUUCUUCAGAAUAUCGACUACAACAUGAAACAGAGUACGAAGGGUCCGGUAGGGGGCGAAUUGAGGAAGGGGUAUACCCUUGCAUACAUUGCGGAGCGACGUUCCCUCACCAGAGUAAAUUGACCAGGCACAUACUAACGACACACACUCUUGAUACUUUAAAGUAUCGGGACGCUCUAAUGGCUAGACCUAUGGGGUUGCCAAUGAUCGGGCAGUUUAGUGAACCAACAUACAUGAUGCCAGCCGAAGAAACCCCUCUAGACCUAGAUAUUGGUCCAGUGGAGCCUGGGAAUGUUGUUCUUUGCAAGUUUUGUGGUAAAAGUUUCCCUGAUGUGUCGUCGUUGAUAGCCCAUCUGCCGGUGCAUACAGGGGACCGACCGUUUAAGUGUGAAUUUUGUGGGAAGGCGUUUAAGUUAAGACAUCAUAUGAAGGAUCAUUGUAGAGUUCAUACAGGUGAGAGACCGUUUCGGUGUGUUUUGUGCGGCAAAACGUUUUCACGUUCAACAAUAUUGAAGGCCCACGAGAAAACACACUAUCCGAAGUACGCGAGAAAGUUUUUAUCGCCGAGUCCUGUUGACACUGAGGAGGAGAGUCCCCAUCAA